CAUUGCAUAUACGCCCAUCGUCUCACCACCGACCCCGCAGUUCCAUUGAAAUCCGACUCUCGACUCCCCAAGAGUUUCAUCUGCAGGCGUCUCACGUUCUCCACUCGCCAGUUGUAUCCAUCCAUUGUUGAAGCUAAGGGUUGGCAGCAAGUGCGCGGGCCGAUGUCGCAGAACGGGAAAUUGAUGCCGAAUCUGGAUGAGAAGAGCACCAAGUUGCUCAAUUUGACGGUGCUGCAGAGGAUCGAUCCCUUUGUUGAGGAAAUUCUAAUCACCGCCGGUCACGUUACCUUCUACGAAUUCAACAUCGACACUAGUCAGUGGAGUCGGAAGGAUGUGGAAGGCUCGCUUUUUGUGGUGAAAAGGAAUACUCAACCACGGUUCCAAUUUAUAGUAAUGAAUCGUCGCAACACCGAUAAUCUGGUGGAGAAUCUCUUGGGGGAUUUUGAGUAUGAAGUGCAGGUUCCAUAUUUGUUAUACCGAAAUGCUACACAGGAGGUUAAUGGAAUCUGGUUCUACAAUCCUCGUGAAUGUGAAGAAGUUGCAAAUCUAUUUAGCAGGAUACUUAAUGCAUAUUCCAAGGUGCCUACAAAGUCUAAAGUAUCUCCCUCGAAAAGUGAUUUUGAAGAACUGGAGGCAGUUCCAACGCUAUCAGUAAUGGAUGGUCCCCUCGAGCCUCCAUCUUCUACCUCCAAUGUUACAGAGACACCUGAUGAUCGCGCUUUUGUGAACUUCUUCAGUAGUGCUAUAAAUGUUGGAAGUGCCCCGAAUGCAGCAAUUUCUGGGCCACCAUUCCAGACCUCUGCAACUGCUGUUCCUGCUCAUCCUCCGAUUAUCACUCCACCCACUAUAUCAUCUUCUCAGACACCGGCUGGUUUAUCUACUUCAUCACCUAUACUGUCCCUUCUUGAAAAAACUGAAUCCAAUACUACUGCUGCAAGCCGUUCAACUGAUCUUGUGAAACCUUCGUCAUUUUUUGGCCCACCUACCGCCUCCUCUCCACUUAUUAUGCCUCCUAUCACUUCAUCUGUUCCCACCGCCCCUCCUCUAAAUCCGCCAGGAAAUGUACAGCGACCCUAUGGUGCACCCUUACUUCAGCCUUUUCCACCUCCAACACCCCCACCAUCUCUCACUCCAACUUCAGCCCCUACACCGAACUAUGGGCCUGUUAUAAGCAGAGACAAGGUCAGGGAUGCACUUCAAGUACUUGUUCAGGACAACCAAUUCAUCGAUAUGGUUUACCAAGCAGUGCUGAACGCCCACCAGUAGUGAUGAAUCUUGGAAAUGCGGAUGUCGCCUCAGGUUUUCUCGCUCUGCAACUAACAAGUGCUGGACGGCGAAUGUAUAGGAUUCAGCUGUAACUUGUGUAUCCAAUAAGUAUAUUAUUAUGCUGUUUAUGGUGUUUUAUCCGUUUGUUGAACGUAUGCAAGAAGUCUUGUGGGGAUGUUAUGGUUAAAUUGACUCCUUUGCAAUUUGUUGGUUUACUGUUUGGAGGAAAGUCGAUCUUGUAGGUAGUUUGGUUUAUCGACUAUUUUUAGCAUCACUGUUUUGAUUUGCCGCCUUUCUUUAGUAGAAUAUUCAUUUUCCCAAAUUGACAUA